GAAAAGAAAAACAACCCCUACCCAUUAUUUCUACCCGCCUUCUUCCUCUCCUUCCGAGCGCGAAUAAUUCGGUCCCUCGGAAUUACCUCGCCGCUUAAUUCGCAGCUCCGCCGGAAACCAACGACGUCAGCAUCGGGUUCGAGCUAUUCUCUCUGUUAGGGUUUUGAAGAACUUUUUUAUGAUCGAUUGCGCGUGAAAUUCUUCGGAUUUUCCUCUGAAAUGUCAGGACCGCUCGAUCGAUUCGCCAGGCCUUGUUUUGACGGAUCUUUUGGUCAAAAUGAAAGGAAAGAGCGAAAAUCAGAUUUUGAGAACUCAGAGGAUGAAAGAAGAACGAGGAUGGGAUCUUUUAAGAAAAAGGCACUAAAUGCUUCAACCAAAUUCAGGCAUUCAUUGAGGAAGAAAAAGAGUAGGAGGAAGAGUGACAGUCAAGUCAUCUCAGUCUCAAUUGAAGAUGUCAGGGAUGUUGAGGAACUUCAAGCUGUUGAUGCAUUUCGUCAAUCACUGAUACUGGAUGAACUGCUACCUGCUAGGCAUGAUGAUUAUCACAUGAUGUUGAGAUUUUUGAAGGCAAGGAAAUUUGAUGUUGAGAAAGCAAAACAAAUGUGGGCUGAGAUGCUUCAAUGGAGGAAGGAAUUUGGUGCUGACACUAUUAUAGAGGAUUUUGAGUAUGCAGAACAUGAGGAAGUUCUAAAAUACUAUCCGCAUGGUUAUCAUGGUGUGGAUAAGGAGGGAAGACCUGUAUAUAUUGAAAGACUGGGAAGAGUUGAUCCAAAUAAACUCAUGCACGUGACAACAAUGGAUCGGUACAUAAGAUAUCAUGUAAAGGAGUUUGAAAGGGCUUUUAUGGUUAAGUUUCCAGCAUGCUCAAUUGCUGCAAAAAAGCAUAUAGACUCAAGUACUACAAUUUUGGAUGUUCAAGGCGUGGGUUUAAAAAAUUUUAGCAAGACUGCUCGAGAACUAAUUGUGCGAUUGCAGAAGAUUGACAGCGAUAACUAUCCAGAGACAUUAUGCCGCAUGUUUAUCAUUAAUGCUGGCACUGGGUUUAGACUUCUAUGGAACAGUGUGAAAUCUUUUCUUGAUCCCAAGACAACUUCAAAAAUUCAUGUUCUUGGAACCAAGUACCAGAAUAAGUUGCUGGAAAUAAUUGAUCCAAGCGAAUUGCCAGAAUUUCUUGGCGGUUCUUGCACAUGUGCUGAACAUGGAGGAUGCCUAUUGUCAGACGAGGGUCCCUGGAAAGAUCCUCACAUACAAAAGAUGGUUCUUGAUGGGGAAGCACAGUGUGGCAGACAAAUUGUUACUGUUUCCAAUAGUGAUGGAAAGAUCAUUGCUUAUGCUAAGCCACAAUACCCAACAAUAAGAGGCGGUGACACGUCAACUGCUGAGUCAUCAGAAGCUGAAGACAUUAACUCUCCCAAAGCAACAAGGAAUUCCAUUGCAUAUCCUCAACUAACCCCUGUUCAUGAAGAGGCAAAAAUGGCCCGAAAGACUAGCCGAUCUGUUGCCUUUCCUGACUUGGACGAAAAUGUUCCCAUGGUUGACAAGGUUGUCGUUGAUUCAGGAUGGAAGGAAGAGGUCUCUCGACAGCCUACUGCCUCUAAUGGUUCAAUCACUUCAUCCAAUCCUGAUAAGACAAUUGAAGGAGUUGCAGAUCGAAUCAUUGCAGUCAUUUUGGCAUUCUUCAUGAUGCUCUUUACAGUGUUACGUGUAGUCGCAAACAAAGUGACUAAGGGAUUCUCCAGUGAAGCUCCAGUAAUAGAUAACCAGUAUCCUUCAUUUGGACUUGACCUUGUACAGAAAGAGGAAUCUCGCCCUCCUUCACCUACUCCGGGUUUCACAGAGGUGGACCUCCUUUCAUCUGUCUUGAGAAGGUUAGGAGAACUAGAAGAGAAGGUCGACAUUCUUAAGGCAAAGCCAUCUGAAAUGCCUUGUGAGAAAGAAGAGUUGCUUAAUGCUGCUGUUUGUCGCGUGGAUGCAUUAGAAGCCGAGCUUAUCUCUACAAAAAAGGCACUUCAUGAGGCUCUGUUGAGGCAAGAGGAGCUCUUAGCUUACCUUGACGGCCAGCGGGAGGCUAAGUUCAGGAAGAAGAAAUUCUGCUACUGAAAAUGCUUACCAUUUCCCACUGUCUGGUUUGUUUCUUGUUGUAAAGUAAGUUCCCAUGAAGCAUGCUCGAAAUUUACAGAAGAAAUUUCUGGUUGUUACUGGCGCACUAGUAAAUAUUUGGUAUUUUUUUAAUGUUUAUAAAAAUGAAGAGAAUCUUGUUGGUAUGAGAAAAAUGUGAGGUCUUUCCGCAGUCACGGGUGUGUUUGUUUUGUUUUGUUUUGUUUGCAUACUUUCUGCUUUGUAUUUAUUUUCUAUACUGAUUUGGCAUUUUCAUGUAAUAUGGGAUUAUGAUAAACCUAUAAGGAAUGUAUUAACGUGAAAUGUGUAAAUGAUAAAACCUUUUCUUGUAA